AUGGACCAAACAGCUGAGGAGAACGCACUUCGUCGUGAAUUAAUCAAAACUUUUCAGAUACAUGCAUUCGAACUGAAAAAAGAAGCCGUGAAAUUGUGUGUGAAACUAUUCAUCGAACAUGACAAAGAGACGAGAAAGAAAUGGACGAAUAAAAUGGUUGAAUUACUCAAAAAACAGACAUUACAAUCGUCUCUGAUCAGUGAAGAACUCAUUCGUGACACAUUUCGACAGUGCAAAUCGAAAGGAACACAAGAUGCUGGAAAACUGCUCAACGUGUUCGAUGCGUUCUCCCUUCAACCGUACGAUUUCGAUCCGGAAUUGAGGAAAAUGGUUGUUAGAAAAGGAACAACGACCCUCGCCGCCGAUUCCUCUUCGUUCUCUCAUGCGACCCGUCAACGUUUUCUACUUGUGAAACAACGUGCCGCCCGUUGUGCAUCACUCAAAUCAUUCAAAUUCACGACGUGUGAAAUUCUGUGUAAUUCGACGAAAACGCUGAAAUCUGUCGUGGUUUUGGGAAUGCUCACACAGCAAAAGGCCGACUGUUACCAUAUCGAAGAUUUGAGUGGUUCGAUUGAAGUGGAAUUCAAAGAAGACACGAAAUUCCAUCACGCUCUCUUCCAUGAACAUUCUAUCGCCAUCUUUGAGGGAAAUUUCGAGAAUAGUGUACUGAAAGUGAAUGAAGUGGCAAUGGUUCCAGUAGAGUCAGCAGAAAUGACACGCAAAGAAUUGAGUUCGAAUGAGAAUUGGUUUGGUGGAGAGGAUAAGAUCGCCUUCCGUUGCAGUGAACGUCUUCGAUCAGCACUCGCAAAACAAGAGGACACGUCAAUGAUCUUCCUAUCGGAUGUGUUUUUGGAUGAUGUUAAGACAAUGCGUGCCCUGAACAAACUCUUAAUCGGAUACAAAGAUCAACCGCCCGUCGCCAUCAUUCUCUGCGGAAAUUUCUGUUCCCAACCACGUCAAACGGAUACGAUUGAUCUAUUGGAUAGAGGAUUCAGAUAUCUUGCGAAUCAAUUGAUGCAAAUGAAGAAAGAAUACGAGAAGACUCAAUUCAUUUUUGUACCCGGUCCAGAUGAUCCAUUCGUUGAUUCGGUGCUUCCCCGUCCACAUCUUCCAUCAUUACUCUUCAAACAUGUCUCUCCAAUCAUUUCAUGUACAUUCGCAUCGAAUCCGUGUCGAAUUCAAUUCGCGAGUCAAGAAAUUGUGGUUUUCCGAAAUGAUUUGAUCAAGAAAAUGUGCAGACACUCGAUCAAUGCGAUCACAGUCGAAUCGAUUCCGUCGAGAUAUGCGAGAAGUGUUUUGAGUCAGGCGCAUCUGUGCCCACUUCCCCAACACAUCACUCCAAUUCUUCCCGAUUUCUCAUCAUCACUGAGUCUCCACCCACUUCCUGAUCUACUUGUCACUGCUGAUCGCUUCGAAACAUUCAAUGAAAAAGUCACUGGUUCGGAUACAAUUGUCUCGAAUCCUGGAUCAUUUGCUAGAAGUAAUUACACAUUCCACGUCUACUAUCCAUCUCAGAAUCGAAUCGAAGCAUCACAGAUUCCGACUGGAGAAGCUGCGGAUUGA